GGUUUUUCCUAAAAUCUUCCCUGGCUUCAUCCUCGGCUCUGCCUUUGUCCAGCACCGCUCUGCUCCUGCCCUGGACCCGCCCUCCCACCUGGCUGCCAGGUGAGGCAGCCUCCAGGAGUUGAUCUCCUGUUUCUCUGCAGGGAAAGGGCAGGAAAAGUUGUGUUUGUGAGCUUUAAAAACAGCCCAGGAGGCCGUGGAGAUGGUUUGGUUUUCCCCAGGGAGGGAGAAGGAAGAGCAGCUGAUGUCCCGUGGCACGCCAGCUCCAGGAAAAGCCCCACAUGUGGCUCCCUUCUGCUCCCAAGUGCAGGAAACAUCCAAAAAUCCCUUUUUUGGGGGCUGCUGUUGUCUUUGUCAAGGUGCUCCUUGAGCAGGAAAGGACAAAUUCUGUUCCUGAUGUGGGAAUUUGGGGAAACUGAGGCUGGAGGGGGAGAAGUGCCAGGGUGACCUGGACCAGCUGUCCCCGUGGGGCUGGGGAACAUCUCCAAAACCCCUCUGGGAUGGGCAGGGUGCUGCUGGAAUCUCCCAGCUGGGGAUGGAUUUUCCUGACUCCUUCCACGCCAGAGCCAGAGUCCAGGGGAUAAAUCCCCCUGGGAAAGGCUGGAUUUGGGGUUUGAGGAAAGGCUGUUUGAUCUUGCUGCUGCUGCUGGGGCUGUCACUCAGGGCCAGCCUGUCACCUGCAAAGCUGCAGGGACGUGGUUUAAAAAGAAAACACCAACCCCUCGUCCUGAAUCUGCACCACAGCCCAGCCAGGGAGGGUGAUAAAUGCGAAUAUCAGGGUUUUUUGGGGGGCAGAAGUCAGGUGUGAGCCCAGAGCUGGCGUUUCCUCAGGGCAGAACCCUUUGGGGGGUGGCAGCAGCGUUUGCUCAGCCCUGAGCGAGGGGCCCGGGUGUGUGGUGUCAAUAACUCCACUGUUAUCAGCAGAAAGGGAGGGCCCUGAAACCAAACCUGCGCUGGGUUCCACCUCUGCUGCCCUGCAAACACUCAGCUGAGUGCACCUGCCAGGAACCAGCCUGUGAGCAGCAGGGGAAGCCUGCAGCAGGAUCCCUGCCCCGGCUCUCCACAUCCCACCAGAAGAGGAAGAGGAAAAGACGGUUCCUUCGCCGUUGAUAAAAUGGGAAGCAGCAUCUCGCCAGCAGCCCGGGAAGGGAAGCUCCGAUCCUUGCCUGGGGGGCAUCCCUGGGAUCUGUGCAGCUGGCAGGACACGGCCCUGUGCCACUGAGGGGUGGGGACAGCGUGGCUGGGGACAGCAUGUCCUUGCAGAGCCGCCGGAGCCAGCUGCUGCUGGUCAACUCGCUGACCUUCGGGCUGGAGGUGUGCCUGGCCGCCGGCAUCACCUACGUGCCCCCACUGCUGCUGGAGGUGGGCGUGGAGGAGAAGUUCAUGACCAUGGUUUUGGGGAUAGGCCCUGUCCUCGGGCUGGUUUUUGUGCCUCUGAUCGGCUCGGCCAGCGACCACUGGCGCAGCAGCUACGGCCGGAGGAGACCUUUCAUCUGGCUGCUGUGCCUGGGGGUGCUGCUCAGCCUCUUCCUCAUCCCCCACGCCAGCAGCCUGGCCAGCCUGUGUGCCCUCAACCCCCGGCCUCUGGAGAUCGCCUUCCUCAUCCUGGGCAUCGGGCUGCUGGAUUUCUGCGGCCAGGUGUGCUUCACCCCGCUGGAGGCCCUGCUCUCCGACCUCUUCCAGGAGCCGGACAACUGCCGCCAGGCCUUCUCCGUCUACGCCUUCAUGAUCAGCCUGGGGGGCUGCAUCGGCUACCUGCUGCCAGCCAUCGACUGGGCCUUCCUGGCGCCCUACCUGGGAGGGCAGCAGAGCUGCCUCUUCAGCCUGCUGGCCCUCAUCUUCCUCGCCUGCGUGCUGGCCACGCUGUUUGUGACGGAGGAGGCGGCCCAGGGGGAUGUCCCAGAGGGGCCAGCGCUCAAGGACGUGUCCCCCAAGGUGUCCCUGGCGUGCUGCUGCUGCCGGCUGCCGCGGGGCUGGUGGCUGCUGCAGGGCAGGCAGGUGCUGCGGGCGGCCAGGAACGUGUGCGCGCUGCUGCCGCGGCUGCACGGCCUCUGCUGCCGCAUCCCCAGGGUCAUCCGCCGCCUCUUCGUGGCCGAGCUCUGCAGCUGGAUGGCUCUCAUGACUUUCAUGCUGUUCUACACGGAUUUUGUCGGGGAAGGGCUGUACCACGGCGUGCCCAGGGCCAAGCCGGGCACGGAGGCCAGGCGUCGCUACGAUGAAGGUGUCCGGAUGGGCAGCCUGGGCCUCUUCCUGCAGUGCAUCACCUCCAUCUUCUUCUCGACAAUCAUGGACCGGCUGGUGAAGCGCUUUGGGACGCGGGCAGUGUACCUGGCCAGCGUGGUGUUCUUCCCCGGGGCCGCCUCUGUCAUGUGCCUGUCCCACAGUGUCACCGUGGUCACCAUCUCCGCCGCCCUGACGGGAUUCACCUUCUCCGCCCUCCAGAUCCUGCCCUACACGCUGGCAUCCCUCUACCACCACGACAAACAGGUAUUUCUGCAUAAAUACAAGAGGAAAGAGGAGGAAGAUGCCGCUCUGCUGGACAAGAAAUCAGCUUUCUCCAAGGGGCUGCUCUCCAGCCAGAAGCUGCCUUACCAGAAUGGCCACACUGGGAACCUCUUCUCCUCCUCCUCCUCCUCCUCCUCCUCCUCCUCCUCCCCUCCGGCCGUGUCCAGCUCGGCUCUGUGCGUCAGCUCCUCCUGCGAGGUGUCCCUGCGGAUGGUGGUGGGAGAGCCGGAGCCGGGGGCUCCUGGCCGGGGGAUCUGCCUGGACCUGGCCAUCCUGGACAGCGCCUUCCUCCUGUCCCAGGUGGUGCCCUCGCUCUUCAUGGGCUCCAUCGUGCAGUUCACGCAGUCGGUCACCGCAUACAUGGUGUCGGCCGCUGGCUUCGGACUGGUCGCCAUCUACUUCGCUACCAAAGUCGUCUUUGACAAGGGGGACAUGGCCAAGUGCUCGGUGUGACACCGGGGGUGGCAGCAGGUGGCAGAGCGGGACGUGGGUGUCCCCAGGGUCUGGAACCGGCCGUGUGUGUCCCCAGGGAUGUCACCGGCUGUGUGUCCCCAGGGAUGUCACUGGCCAUGUGUGUGUCCCCAGGGAUGUCACCGGCUGUGUGUCCCCAAGGCCUGGCACUGACCAUGUGUGUGUCCCCAGGGAUGUCACCGGUCAUGUGUGUCCCCAGGGAUGUCACUGGCCAUGUGUGUCCCCAGGGAUGUCACCAGCCGUGUGUGUGUCCCCAAGGCCUGGAACUGACCAUGUGUGUCCCCAGGGAUGUCACCAGCCGUGUGUGUCCCCAGGGAUGUCACUGGCCAUGUGUGUCCCCAGGGAUGUCAC